AAUAAGCUGCUAACUAGCCAGCAAUCACAUGAGGUGCCUAGCCCUGCUGCAGGUUCUUCUUGCCGUGCUGUUGCUGCUUGUCUCCCCCCCCGACAUCCUGCCUGCAGCCCAGUCUCCCUCUGCUCCACUGAAGCCUUCUAGCUGUCAGCCACAGAGAUUCUGCUGCUUGUCUUGCUGUGGAAGUUUGGAAAGUACUGAGUUCGAAGGUUGCGGUGCCACAAACUAGCAAAAGAAUGCCUGUGGAGCCUUGCCCCCAGAAAGGAGUUGAUUUGCAAAUUGGAUGAACCUUCGGGAUGCAGAAACAGGGAAAAUCCUCUGGCAAGGAACAGAAGAUCUGUCUGUACCUGGAGUGGAGCAUGAAGAUGGUUACACUGCCUUGGUUCAACAUAAACUACAGAAAGCUCGAGUUCCUAAAAAAAUCCUGAAAUGCAAAGCUGUGUCUCGGGAGUUAAACUUUUCCUCAGCAGAACAAAUGGAAAAAUUCCGACUGGAACAGAAAGUUUAUUUCAAAGGGCAAUGCCUAGAAGAAUGGUUCUUUGAAUUCGGUUUUGUGAUCCCUAACUCCACAAACACUUGGCAGUCCUUGAUAGAGGCAGCACCUGAAUCACAGAUGAUGCCAGCUAAUGUUUUAACUGGUAAUGUUAUUAUAGAAACCAAGUUCUACGAUGAUGACCUCCUCGUAAGCACUUCCAGAGUGAGACUUUUCUACGUUUGAGAUGGGGCUUUUUGGGGCUGUUUUAGUUUUCCUCCAUACAGUUCUUGGUGCAGAACCCCCUGACUAUCCAGUGGAAGACACUUCCUGUAGGCGGUGACCCUGGGGACCAGCUCAACGUGGGUUGUGACCUUUGCCCAUCAGUUAUUUUGCUUUCUCCUCUGACAAGAGCAGACCAAACCCUCAGAGACAUGACCAUCUGCUCAACAACGGGUUGGGGAAUAAAGACUGUCUCUGAAAAUGGGCAAACAAUGGUCAUGCAGAACCAAUACUGUAAAUUACGUUAGUCUCAUCCUUUGUACUUCUCUGGAUCUUGGUAUAAUCUCCCAUUUCCACUCACAUCAGCUCUCAAUGCAUUUUGGAUUUUGGGGAUUAAGUUAACCUUUUCAUUUCUCAUAUUUUAGUUUUUUAUCCUUUCACUGGAUUUCUGUGUUAACUGGUCCACACAUCUUCUUACCCUGAACUUGUAAAAUAGACUGUGAUAUCACCUAAUGUAAUUAAAACAAAUUUCUCAAUUAAAACAUUCCUACCGUCCAAAGAA